AUGAGUACUGAAGAGUAUGAUGAAGAGCUAUGUCAGCGAGCAUCAAAGGAGAACCUGGAAGAAGACAUAAAUUCUGGAGUGAAAAAUUUAACAACAAAUGAUGAAGAGGAAGAGAAAAUCAUAAUUCAUUCUAAAAGCUCAACAGAUAGUAGCUUUCAGAAUUUUGGGCCAGAUGUUGAAACAGUGUAUGCAACACAGGAUGCACUUGAACCAGAAAUACCAAUAGUUGAAUCGCUAAAGAAUGAAAAGUUUACGAUUGAGGAAGAGAGCCUACCAAAGACAACAUAUUCAAAACAAUAUUUAUCUGACUUGCUACACAUACCAUCCAAGAUUCGUAAUGUUUCAAUUUGUGGAGGAUUGCAAUCAGGAAAGACAUCGUUUAUUGACUUACUUGUCGAUGAAACUCAUUUAAGAGAUCAUAAGAAUAAUGAAAACAAUAAUAUAAAAUACACGGAUAAUAAAGUAUUAGAGGUGGAGCGUGGAAUAUCAAUACAUUCAUCUAUGAUGACUCUUUUAUUAUCAAACUCGAAAGGCAACUCUAUCGCAUUUAAUGUCUUUGACACACCAGGUCAUUCAAGUUUUAUUGAUGACGUGAAUUCUUCAAUUAAUUUAUCAGAUAAUGUAAUUCUAGUGGUGGAUGUUGCUGAGGAUGUUCCAGAAUCUCUUUCGACUGUAAUAAAUGUUGCAUUAAGUUCUAAUUGCAAGCUUUUUUUGAUGAUAAGCAAGCUAGAUCGAUUGUUUUUAGAACUAAGACUAACUCCAUUGGAUGCUUAUUAUAAGAUUCGAAAGAUCAUUGAUAAUGUUAACAAAUACUUGAAAAUGAAAGGUGCCUCCGAUCAUAUACUAUUCAAUCCUACAAGAGGUAAUGUCUUCUUUGAAUCAGCACAUCUUAAUUGCUGUUUUACUCUUGAUAGUUUUGCAGACAUUUACAGAGCCAAAAUACACCAAGACCUCUCAGAUACAUUUUCAAAAUCAUUGUGGGGUGAUGUCUAUUACCUGGAUGGUCACUUUACGACGAAGACUGCCAAUAAAAUUAAGUCUGCCAAUGAACGAACUUUUGUGAAAUUCAUCUUAGAACCAAUCUAUAAAUUGGCCAUGAUGGUAUUGACAAUGCCUGCGAAGAAAUUAGAAUAUUACGUUAGGGAGAAGUUAGGAAUUCACACAAUUAGUCAUCCACAAUUUAAACAAGACCCAUCUGAUGUUUUGAGGACACUAUUUAAAAAAUACUUUGGUGAAACGCAGUGUUCAUUUACGGAUAUGAUCCAGUCCUAUGGAGUAUCACCUAUUGAAAACAAUAUCAAUGCAUUCCAAUAUAAUCAAACUAAUUUGGAAUUUCCGGAACAAUCUUUAUCCUCUGUGCAAAAAUGCGACUCAUCUGGCCCUUUAAUCGCCAAAGUUUCCAGACUUGUAAAUACAUCCGAUGGAUCUAGGUUUUAUGCCGAAGUGCGAGUGUUUUCUGGUACUUUAAAGUCGAAGUCUUCUGUGAUUCUUCUAGGAGAAACGUAUUCCAGUGAGUUCAAUGAGGACAUGAAAAUUCAGAAAAUAAAGAAAACCUUUUUGAAUGAUACAAGAUAUAGAAUAGAGGUUGGAGAGAUACCUGCUGGUGCAAUUGGAUUGAUCUCCGGUCAUGAAAUAGACACAUUUAUAACUAGAACAGCGACAAUUUAUGAUGAGGACGCUUUCAAACCGAAUUUUUCAAUUCUUAAACCAUUCAAGCAUGUUAUACAGCCUGUGUUUAAGGUUGCAGUACAGCCAGAGAAUCCAUCAGAUAUGGGAAGCCUUAUUUCCGGAUUGAAAAUGAUAAGCCGUGAAUAUGCAGGAUGUGAAAUAACAGUUGAAGAAGGCGGUGAUCAAGCAAUAUCUGGAUACAGCGAGCUCUAUUUGGAUUGCUUACUGCAUGAUUUACGGAAACUCUACUCAAAUAUCGAUAUAAAGGUUAGCGAUCCAAUGACUAGAUUUGCAGAAACUUGUGCUGAUACAUCAAUGGUGAAACUUCCUACAAAUUCGGUGAACGGACACAAUUCAAUUACAAUAAUAGCCGAGCCACUGGAUGAGGAACUCACCAAUGAUAUAGCAAGCGGUAAAUUACCUCUAGAUCCGAAAACAAGAAAACUUUCUAAAAUACUCAGAAAAAGGUAUCAAUGGGAUUCACUUGCUGCACGAUCUGUCUGGGCAUUUGGUCCAUUGGAGAAUCACAGUGUGAGUAUAUUAUGUGACGACACUUUGCCGGAUGAGGUUGAUAAGGAAAGAUUGCUCUUUGCCAGGGAUUCGAUAAUUCAAGGGUUUAGAUGGGCAUCUAGAGAAGGACCAUUGUGUGAAGAGCCUAUUCGUGGAGUUAGAUUUAGGAUUAUAGAUGCAGACAUUUCAUCCGACUAUAAUGAAGCAAACGGGGCCCAGCUUAUUCAAAUGACUAGACAAGCUUGCUACUGUGCAAUCAUGACAGCAACUCCACAAUUACUAGAACCAGUGUUUAAAGUUGACAUGACAAGCAACGGCUCGUUGGGAAAAUCACUUUCGAAUAUUAUAUCCAAAAGACGUGGCCGGGUUGUUUCUGACAAACCGGUUGAUGGUACACAACUAUUUAGAAUAACAGGCUUUGUCCCUGUUAUUGAUAGCGUCGGUUUGGAGACUGAUAUUAGACUAUUAACACAAGGUAAAGCAAUGUGUGAAAUGACAUUUGCGAAGUGGCAGACGGCACCGGGUGAUCCUUUAGAUAAGUCUUGCUAUCUUCCAAUAUUGCGACCUGUUCCAAUCGCUUCACUCGCUAGAGACUUUACACUAAAAACAAGGAAGCGGAAGGGUCUUGAUGGAGGUCCAACCCUCGAGAAUUACGUGGACCAUGAAACAUGGGAAAAACUUCGGGCUACUAAUCUGUUUGUGUAG